CGCAGGUCAGGCGAGUACAGAUAAAUCUGUUAUAUGGUUUAUUACUUCUAGGGAUCACCCUUACUGGUAGUGGUAUUUCACUUUGUAGAAUUAUGGAAUAAAAACAAUAAGAAAAGUCUAUAUCGAGAUGGCCAGAAGUUUACUGCACUAUUUCUGUGGCACAAAGGAAGGUUAUGCGACAUGUCAGACAUUAUGUAUGGGGAUUGUGGUGAUUAUCUCCCUUCAUGGUAUUAUCAAGUUUGAACAGAUCAGAGAACAUGGCGAUUUUUCUUCUUUAAAUAUACCAGAUGAUGCUAAUUUUCCUCCAUUAGGUCUGACCAGGCUAGAAAGUUUUCCUACAACAGGACAAGACCAAGUUCCUAAAAUUAUUCAUCAGACUUGGAAAUCCACUGAAGUACCUCAGAUAUUUAUUCCAUGGGUUAAGUCCUGGUAUAAAAUAAAUCCUGACUGGGAGUAUUGGUUUUGGACAGACGCCAGUGCCAGACAACUAAUUGCAGAACGCUACCCCAGUUUUAUUCCUAUCUACGAUGGUUAUACAGAGCCUAUACGCAGGGCUGAUGCUAUGAGAUAUUUUAUUCUCUAUGAAUUUGGUGGAGUGUAUGCAGACCUAGACAUGGAAAAUAUUAAGUCACUUAACCCCAUAAUAAAAAAAUAUUCCUGUUUCUUUGGACAGGAACCAUAUGUCCAUUCUACACUAGAUUCUAGUUUUGAACAUUUAGUCAUUAAUGCAUUGAUCGGAUGUAGGAAAGGACACCCUUUUAUGAAAAUGUUAAUCAAUAAUUUGGCAGACUUCUCUAUUAUGUGGAAUGUUUUGGACAGCACAGGGCCACAAUUUGUGACUUAUUGGUUCAGACAAUACCAGAAACAGUUUAAUUAUCCAGACACACAUGCAAAUGGAACUUAUCUUUCGCCACCAGAGUAUUUUUUCCCAACAAUUGAUACAACAAAAUUUUUUUGGUUUCGUUCUGUGUGUGGUAAUUAUCCAGUAUUAGACCAGAUGAAGAAGCGAGCCUGUGUGCAUCUUAAAAAGACAUCAGUAUUACCACCUAAUCUUGACAUGUCCUUUGCAGAUCACCACUGGAUACAUACUUAUGUAUUUAUGUUCAGAUUGCCAUUAAAAGGCCCAGUUGAUAUACGCUAUAUAGUUCCUAAAGUUAAAAUAUAUAACAGUCGGGAUUGAUUUAAAAUACAUACUAACCAUGAUUGAUUUAAAGAUAGGUUCCCAGAAAAGUAUUUAUCGGGUGGUUAUUUCCAAUAAAAGUAUGGUAAUUUUGGUAUAUAUGGAAAGUAGAAAUAUCCAGUCUUACUAGAAAAAUACUGGAUUCUCUGAAAAACACUCAUGGAGCGUAUACAGACAAAAUUGUAAGGAUUCCCCUAAUCGACAGCCAAACGAUUAAGAAUAUCUGCACGCGUGACAUCAAAGGUUGCACGUGGAGAUUGAGCGCUUGAUGUAUUUGUUGAUAAACUUUAUGAAGAGUUAGACGUACAGCACUUUCUGAGAUAAAAAUCACGGAGAAAGACACUGCCAGUGGAUAAUCUGAGAAUUUAAUUAGGAUUCAAUAUUUGUAAAAAAUAGUCUGUGAUUAAAGACAACAUUGUCUUGUGUAUGCAAUGAAUUCUCCUCAGAAUUCGCACCCGUUGCUAGGUACCGAGAGAGGUAAGUCACGUGACACAAACAUGACCUCUUUUGAUCGAUUUUUUAUAGCAGGGGCAUUUCUUGGCAAUUACAAUGUUCUGAGAAGGAUUUGAAGCAAAAUUAUGAAAAAUUAAUUAGUUUGAAUAUGUUUUUAGUCUAAAUAUAUCAUCAAAUCCCCCAGUUUGUACGCGGGAAUGUAUCUUUAAAAUAUACAAAAAUCAUGGUUGGUUUAAAUUAUAAAAAUAUUUUGGGACAUUCAAGAAUAUAUAUACUCCAUGGUUGAUUUAAAACUGGUACAGUUAAAUAUGAACUGCAUAGUUUGAUUUAAAAUAUAGAAACAUUGGUUGAUUUGAAAUAUAACAUGCGGUUAUAUAUAACACACAUAUAUAUAUAACACACAUUUUGCAAGAGAUGGACAGAGAUCAAGCUAAAAGAAAAGUGAUUUAUCGUACAAUCGGGUCCUAUAAAUAUAAUGCAGAAUAAUGUUACGGUUGGACAUGCGUCAAUAUCAAAAGGAACCAAGAUCUUUGGGAUAUAUAAACACUGUGGUUGAUUUGAAAUAUAUAAAUUUGUGAUUUUAAAAUAUAAAAGCACCAGGGUUAAUUCGAAAUAUAUAAACAUCAUGGUUGGCUUGAAAUAUAUAAACACCAUGGUUGAUUUAAAAUAUACAAACAACUUGGUUGAUUUGAAAUAUUUAGACACCAUGGUUGCUUUGAAUUAGGUACCAUGGUUGAUUUGAAAUAUAUAAGCACCAUGGUUGAUUUGAAAUAUAUAAACACCAUAUGGUUGAUUUGAAAUGUCAAAAAAAAACCAAAAAAAGCUUUGAUAUAAGAUAUAACAUAAUAACCAAAGCUAUUCAAACUAGUCUUGGAAUUUAUAUAUAUUUUUGUUAGUUUUUAGUGAGUGUUGAUUUAUUUGAACUACAUGUAUUUUUGAUUUAAGAAUUUGACUUCAUCAUUAUGCAUGUGCUAAAUCUGCCCAUUGCAAGUCUUUAUUUAGGCUUCAGGUGUUAUAGAAAUUAUUAAUUAAACCUUUAUUUACACGACAAGCUCAAAAUCAACUUUGUAGACCCGCGGAUGGCUUAGAUACAGUUUGGAUUUAAACAGUCGUCCAUUUAAAAUUAAAUUAAUAAAUGGCGGACCAAGCUAACGUUUACCGCUAGUAGGUGAUGUCACUACCGGAAACUGGUGAUGAAAGGCCUGCCAAGUGAGACUACCAUUUCCAUUUAGCAUGUUACUUGAUAAUCGAGAAUAUGUGGGUGGAGGUAUCGCCUGUCAAUCAAACGAUCGCUAAUUCCCACAGACGGUGAAGACCCAAUUGAUGCCUAUUUCUAGUUCAAACUUCCAACAGUGACAAUUCCGUUCAGAACAAAGUAAUUUGACUGAAAUUUUUUAAUAUUUUCUUUUUUAUCAUCUAUUUUUGAAUUAUUAUAGCAAGAAUGGCCAACUCUUUAUAAAACUCUUAACUAAUGUAUCUUUAAACAUAUAUUUUGCAAGAGCUAAAUCUGCCUUCUGCAGGUCUUUCUUUAGGCCUGAAAUGUUAUCUAAAUUAUUAAUUAAACAUUAAUUAACUUACUAAGACCAUAAUCAACUCUCUAUGUCAUUGUUAGCCUGCAAAAUUUAGUGGUUUGUGAUGGAUAACGUAAAAACUGGAUAAUCGAGACUUUGAUUAUUAUCGGUUCAAGGACAAUUGAGGCUAGUCUAAAAUUGAAUCGCUAAUAUUUCGGUUCAGAGUGAAGUAAUUUGUCUGAAAUUUUCAGCAUAUUCUGUUUUCAUUAUCUAUUUUUUUCAUAUGCCCACAUUUUCAUGUGCACGUAUUAUGCCGUCCGUCCACAAUUUGUUUGUGGGCACUCAACAGGACACAAUUUUUAUCCGAUUUUGACGAAACUUAAAAUAUGAGUCUAUCUCCCAAAGAUCUCGGUUCCUUUCAAUAUUGGCAUGUAUCCGACCAUAACUUCAUGAAUUAUAGCCCCUGAUUGUACAAAAAAUCACGUGUUUAGCUUGUGGACACAAUUUUCACCUGAUUUUGAUGAAACUUGAAAUGCAUGUUUAUAACCCAAAGAUCUUGGUUUCUUUCGAUAUUAACUUCCUGAAUUAUGGCCCCUGAUUGUACGAAAAAAAUCAUGUUUUAGCUUGUGGUCCCUCUAGAGUUCACAAUUAUGAUUAAAGAUACAUUAUGGGAGAUUUUAAUAGAGAGUUAGCCAUUCUUGCUAUAACAGUUCAAAAAUAGAUGAUGAAAGAAGAGUAUAUUGAAAAUUUCUGUCAAAUUACUUUAUUCUGAACAAAGUUAUCACCAUUCUAAUUUUUGAAUAGAAAUAGGAGUCAACUCUCUCUUCACCGUCUCUGAGAAUGGCCGAUCGUUUGAUUGACAGGCGUUAACUCCACCUACAUAAUCUCGAUUACCAAGUAACGUUUUCAAUGGCUGCGGUACCGUUAGCCUAUUCGGUUUGAGACGGGGUUGCAAUUCAAUUCGUAUCACAUUUAUUGUCCCCCGCCUUUCGAAGAAAGCAGGGGACUAUUAAAAUGGGUUCGUCCGUCUGUCUGUCCGUCACACUUUUUGGGACACAAUAACUCUCUUCCUAAUUGAGCUAGAAUGUUCAAACUUGGUGUAUGUGUUUAUUAGGUCAAUGCCUUGAUGGAGUUCGAAGAUGAGCAUUUUCCGCUUAGGGUAAGCAGAGAUAAGCAAUUUGAUUGGUUGAUGCUUUGGGACACGAUAACUCUCUUCCUAAUUGGGGUAGAAUGUUCAAACUUGGUGUAUGUGUUGAUUAGGUCAAUGCCUUGAUGGAGUUCGAAGAUGAGCAUUUUCCGCUUAGGGUAAGCAGAGAUAAGCAAUUUGAUUGGUUGAUGCUUUGGGACACGAUAACUUUUAAUUGAGCUAGAAUGUUCAAACUUGGUGUAUGUGUUUAUUAGGUCAAUGCCUUGGUGGAGUUCGAAGAUGAGCAUUUUCCGCUUAGGGUAAGCAGAGAUAAGCAAUUUGAUUGGUUGAUACUUUGGGGCACGAUAACUCUCUUCCUAAUUGAGCUAGAAUGUUCAAACUUGGUGUAUGUGUUGAUUAGGUCAAUGCCUUGAUGGAGUUCGAAGAUGAGCAUUUUCCGCUUAGGGUAAGCAGAGAUAAGCAAGAUAAACAGCUUUAUACCGAAGACAACAUAUUAAAAAUAGUAAGUCUACUAAGUGAUGACGUCGAGUGAAUAAUAAAAUAAAUUAAGCGUCACAAAUAGAGCGCGUGCUUUCGCCGUAAAACGGUGUCGUCUGCUAGAAAGACAAAACGUGAUUUAUCAUCACCCAGUUGUGCAAACGAAACGUCUUUAUACAAACUUUUCCUUUUUAUAAGCUCGUUUAUAUAGUUUAUGCUUUAGUUCUUGAAGAAGCUUUCCAAUGUAUUACCCCUGUAAUUCCUCCUCUUUUAUCUGUACAAUAUUUUCGAAAAAAAUGAAACGAAAUCCACUUAUGUAUACAUUUAGGUUACAUUAUAGCCUACAUGUCCCGACUCAACUUGCCACAUUACAUGUCAUAAUAUUAUAACCAGGUAUUGAUAAAAGCAUCAAUUGAGCAAUUCCAAUACAAUCCAAUACAAUGAAUAUAGUCAAGGUAAAUAAACAAAUAAAUGGAAAAAACAAAUUGAAAAAGAAACUAUUAUAAAUUAAUUAAAUAUGUAGUAUGCAAUAAUGAAUUGACAUUUAAUGACAGAAAGAAAACAGUGAACUUUGCACAACUUGCAGCAAGAUGGAAAAUAGACCCGUUGAUACAACCAAACUCUAGAUCUGUAGGCAUAGAGCAUGUUUUCCCCUUAAUAUGCUAUAAUUAUUCCAUCAAAAACAUUGUAUGCUUAGACUAUAAGUAAAGAUAUACUGUUCGAUUGUUCAAUACUUUGUAAAAGAUAAUUUGUGAUAAAUUUAUAUGUGUCCUCUAAUUAUUUUCCUAUUUCGGCGGAGGACAUCAGCCUCACUGUUGGCUUGUUUUUACUGCAAAUUAAAAAUAAUACUUUUAAUAUAUAGAUAAGAAGCGAAAGUUUGAAAGGAAUGGACCAAAUCAAUGAGGCAUAAUUAUAGCUGACUUCUUGUUAGCCUGCUGGUACUCUUGUACUGUAAGUAACUGGUAGGCCUACGCAUUGAAGUGUAUAUACACCUCUAUGGGCCUACGUAACUCCAGAAGCAGACAAAUAGGAAACAGUGAUCCAAUGGGGCUGCAAUUCAACUGAGGUGAUGUUAGCUGCGAUGUUUAUCAAUUUCCAUAUUUUUUCUGUAAGCGCAAGUGACAAAAGAGCGUAUAAUAUACCGACAUCCAAACUCUGAUUUUAACCACAACUAAACAUAAUAUCAAGGCCGUAUAUAUCGAACUUUCAAUCAAAUUGACUGACAUGCGGCCUCGCUUCGUACACUCUAUCAUUUAGCUUCGAUCUAAAAUUUCCGGGAGUUGACGUCAACGUAACGGUUUAUAUCCGCUUACGACGCCAUUUAAAAAUGUAAUCAAUCAAUGAAAUCCUGUUUAAAUCCAAGCCGAAUCCAAGCCAUCCGUUGGUCUAUAGAGUUGAUUUUGUGCUUGUUGUGAAAAUAAAGGUCUAAUUUAUAAUUUCUAUGACAUCUGAAGCCUAAAAAAAGACUUGCAAUAAUCAGAUUUAGCUUUUGCAUAAUGUAUGUUUAAAAAAAAAAAACGUUUGAAUAUAUCACCGUUACACCGUAAUUUUGGUUGAGUUCAAAUUUCGUGAAAAUCGGACCAAAACUGCCGGACACAAUGGCCGCCCCUCGUACGCAAAUAGUGUAAACAUCUGGUGUAUCAAGGUUGUGGAAAUAGGCCUACGUGGUUCCUUUCGAUAUUCGUGCAUAUGGGAUCGUAACUUCCCGAAUCAUGGCCCUUGAUUGUAUAAAAAAUCACGUUUUUAGCUUGUGGUCCCUGUAGAGGUCACAAUUUUUAUUCGAUUUAAAAAAACGUUUUAAUAUAUCACCGUUCGUUACACCGUAAUUUUGGUUGAGUUCAAAAAAACGCGUAAAUGUAUUACCGUUACACACUAAGGUCUUGGUUCUUUUUAAUAAUGGGGGGUUUCGAAUCCCCGGUUGUCUACGUGACAAGGAGUAGGGUCGCCUGUUCAAUCUCGUGGGUUUUCUCCGGGUCCUCCGGUUUCCUCCCACUGCUAAAGACCCCUAUGCGCAAGCGAAUUAUUGAAAUAAAAUUAAAACCAUAUGUUAGUCCCGUAAUGACCUAAUUUGUGUCGAGGACGUUAAACCCCAUUUCUCUCUCUCUCUUUAAUAAUUGCGCAUAUCCGAAUGUAACCUCUUGGAUUAUGGCCCCUGAUUGUUUGAAAAUUCGCAUUUUUAGCUUGCGGAUUCUCAGGUCACAUUUUUUCCCCCGAUUUUAAAACUGUUUAAAUAUACCACCAUUUCACCAUAAUGAAGGAUGAAUUCUAAUUUCGGGAAAAUUGAAAUGAAACUGCCCGACAAAAUGGCCGCUCUUUGUACGCAAAUUGUGUACACGUGUGUAUACGAAGGUUGUGGACCCUGUACAGGUCACAAUUUUUAUCCGAUUUUGAUGAAACUUUAGACAUAUUGUAUUUUUAUAUCCCAAAGAUCUCAGUCCCCUUUGAUAUUUGCGCAUUUCAGACUAUAACUUUCUGGAUUAUUGCCCCUGAUUGUACAAACUUGGCGGUUUUUGUUUUUAGCUGGUUAACUAUUUUAGUGAGAGAUGUCAGCUCUUUAUCUAAUCUUACCUAAUGCCCCUUUAAUUGUGAUGGAUAAUUUCAAUCAAAAUAUAACUAAAAUACUAUAUACCAUAGAGAAGAUUUAAAUAUGUUUUUGUUUUGGUUUUUAUUUUUUUUAUUUUUAUUUUUUUUUGGGGGGGGGGGGGGUAAACAGGCUGUCUUAUUACUAGUAAUCGUAUUUAAACAGACAUUAUCACCCUUGGCAAAAAAGGGAAUUUACUAGUAGUUAAUUUAAAAUGUCAAAAUAAUGCAAUAUCCACCUAAUUAUAGAAAAAUCAAACAAUAACCUAUUUAAAAUAAAAAUGCUUUUCCUUAGCAUGUUUGUUAGUCUUCUUGGUGAAUACCACUAAAAAUAUAUUAGUUGGCUUAUUUGUCCCAAACUUUGCUUACAGUGUAUAUAUGCAAGCCUGGUGAGAAAGUAAACAGUCAAAUUAUUUUUGAUCACCAACCCGGCCAGUGCAAAGAAUUCUAAAGCCCUUAUACCUCAUUAAAUAUCUAUAUGACUGAGAAUUUUGUAUAUAAUUUUGUAAAUCUCAUUUGUUUUUUUAUGUAUAUAUAUAUAUAUAUAUAUAUAUAUAUAUAUAUAUAUAUAUAUAUAUAAUUGCGGACGGGGGGCGACGGCAAUAUACGUCCACAUUUUGAUGUGGGCAUAUAAAAAUAUAAACACAACACACACAAUUUCUAGUGAACGCUCUAAUGCCAAAAGUUAUCACCCGAUUGUGUUAAAAUUGAUAUAUGUUGUUUACAUUAGUGUGAUGAAGAAGUCUAUUUCCGUCAAUUAUUUCUAGAGUUAUGCCCCUUGUUUUAUUCUGUUAACCUUUUGAACGUUUGAAAGUUAUCGCCCAAUCUGUAUGAAAUUUAUAUGCAUUAUUUAAAUUGUAGGACCUUGUGAACCCUCAAACGUCAAAAAUUAUAAUCUAAUCUGUAUGAAACUGUCUUGUAGAUGCUCCAAAUUACCUACAAAAGAAUAAAUGCGACAACACUAACUUGUCGAUCGGUGGACGAUUUAGCCGGUGUGGGCGUAUGUUUUGUUGCCUGACAACCUAUCUUUGUUUAUUUUGUUAUAAUUUUAUGUAUGUUGUAUUUAUGUUCUGUAUACUUACUUUUAAAAAUUUACAGAAUGUCAAUUUCUCUGGAAAAUACAAAUAUUAAAAUCAAAAUGCAUGGUCAUAAAUACAAAUUGAAUACUUUUACAGUUACAUCAAUAAAUUAAAAAUAAUUUAUUAUAGAUUAUAUUGGAAAAACA